AUGACGGAGAUGGCAAAGAAUAACCCAGGCUCACAGGAUGAAGGCAGGCAGAUGACUUCGAUAUCACACAACAGUCUCAGUAUCCUGAAUGUUUCUUAUGCAGUCAGGGAACACGUGGGGCCCUGGUGGGAUAUUCGAUCAUAUCGUAAGAAGUGGAACAGGCAGAUUCUUAAAGAUGUGUCAUUUCAUACGGAAAGUGGUCAGAUCAUGGGCAUCUUGGGAAAUUCUGGAUCGGGGAAAACAACUCUGUUGGAUGCCAUUGCUGGAAGGCUGAGCAAUAAGGCAAACUUUUCUGGGCAAGUUUAUGUCAAUGGACAGGAGCUGAAGCCAAAGCAGUUUCAGGACUGCUUUUCCUAUGUUCUCCAGAAUGAUACCUUGUUAAGCUACCUCACCAUAGAAGAGUCUUUGACUUAUACUGCCUUGCUAGCACUCCAGGAGCACUCCAGCAACUUUAUAAAAAAGAAGGUUGAUGCUGUUAUGGCUGAGCUGAGUCUCAGUCAUGUUGCAUGCAGCGUAAUUGGAAACCGCACACUUCGGGGAAUUUCUGAUGGCGAACGGCGCCGCGUUUCAAUCGCAGCACAGCUAUUACAAGAUCCCAAGGUCAUCUUGCUGGAUGAACCCACCACAGGUCUGGACUGCAUGACGGCCAAUCAGAUUGUGUUGCUACUAUCAAAGCUUGCUCAUAAAGGCAGGAUAGUGAUUAUUACAAUACACCAGCCACGAUCAGAACUUUUCCAGGUAUUUGAUAAAAUCUGCAUCAUGAGUUCUGGAGAACUGAUUUUCUGUGGAGAUUCAUCAGACAUGAUCACUUUUUUUACCAACUGUGGCUACACAUGCCCUGAACAUUCCAGCCCUUUUGAUUUUUAUGUGGAUCUCACAUCAGUAGACUGUCAAAGCAAAGAGCGGGAACUGGAGACUUACAGCAGAGUUCAAACCAUCUGUUCCGCCUAUAAAAAUUCAGAAAUCUUUCGCAGAACUCUGGAGGCAACUGAAGAAGCAAAAUGCAAGGUGAAAGAGCUGCCACCAAUACCCUUUAAAUGCAAAAAGCCCCCCAAUGUGUUCUUCAAACUAUGGAUUCUGCUCAGGAGGACAACAAGGAAUUUAUCCAGAGAUAAGAUUGGAAUGCUGAUGCGGCUCUUCCAAAACAUGUUCUUCAGCCUCUUUCUUAUAUUCUUCCUUCUGAGACUGUCCAGUGAUGCUCUUAAAGGAGCAGUUCAGGAUCGCGUAGGACUCAUUUACCAGUGUGUAAGCGCUCCACCACACUCAGGAAUACUCAAUGCUCUGUCGUUAUUUCCUGCACUGCGGGCUGUCGGAGACCAAGAAAGCCAAGAUGGUUUAUAUCAGAAGUGGCAAAUGUUGCUUGCCUACAUACUGCAUUUCCUGCCUUUUAGCAUCAUCAGCAUGGCACUAUUUAGUACUGUUAUCUACUGGUCUAUGGGAUUUUACCCAGCAGCUUCUAGCUUUGGCUAUUUCUUUGCUGCCCUCGUAGUACCUUAUAUAGUAGGUGAACUGAUUACACUUAUUCUUCUUGGCAUCAUUCAAAAUCCCAAUGUGGUCAGUGGAGUAGCGAUGCUACUUAACAUGGGAGGUGCCCUAGCUGGAACUGGACUUGUAAGGAAUCUGGAGGAAAUGCCAACUCCGAUUAACAUUCUAAGCUACUUUACGUUCCACAAGUACACCAGUGAGAUUCUUGUUGUGAAUGAGUUUUCUGAAUUAAAAUUUACAUGUGGUCACUUCAAUGAUUCCACUGCGGCUGGGGCUCCCUGUCCAUUCUCCCAAGGGGCUCAGGUCAUUGAAAUGAUGUUUCCUGGUGCAGCAUCCCGAUUCACAUCGGACUUUUUAAUAUUAUAUGCCUUUGUCCCAGCAGCCAUAAUUCUAGCAAUUAUCAGUUUUAAAAUAAGAGAUCAAAUUAUUGCCAGGAAAUAGACGUGACACUAAAUGGUCUAUAUGCUAUUUCACUCUUGCAGUGUGUGAAAGUACAGCGUGAACUAUGAAAUCUAAACCAUUCCCUGUUAUUUACUUUUAGUUCUUCGGUGCUAAUAUUAUGAUAAACAAAAGCAGCUAAUCCAGCUGUAUCUCUUGCAAAUUCAACCACCAGUGCUGCAUGAACCGCACCCUCUUAAAGAAAAGCAACAGUCCUAUAUUGCCUCUUAGGUAUUCAGGAGGAGUUAAGUUUUUCCACCCCAA